GUAAAACAUAUGGUAUUAUUUUACCUGGAUAAAAUGAGUGUGUGGAGGAUAACCCAGAUUGAACAAUGUAGUCAAAUGGUCACAAUUAAGAGAGAGAGAGAAUGCAUGUCAAUGCAUUUCAGUCCUUGCAAGGUGAAGAUUUCAAAGUCAAGUUCAUACAAUAAGACGAUGUGAUUUAUAUUACAACCAAUACAUGAGAAAAGACUAAAAUAAAUCAAAUAUGGGGAAAUGAAACAAAACAAUUCAAUUAAAUUAUUUCAAAUAUUGAACAAAUAAUGCGAAAACAGAAUGUGGCUGGCUAGCGUAACUGUGCAGGUAGUUUACCUCGAUGUUUUCCUGAGAUGCUACAUGCAUGGACUGUAGAAGCCUAUGUUUAUGGCUACAUGCAUGCCUCAGUGCCCUGAAGUUCACGUGGUUGGGGAGUCUAAACCGUUGGGUUCAGAAAUUCGCUAACGUUACAGAUGAGCAUGAUGAACCCAAGUAAGAAGAAAGGGAAACUUCUGAAGUUUGGUUGGCUUCGCACAGCUGGUGGUGCCUCCCCUCGUAAAAUGAAGAAAAGUAAUGGGGGCACUCCCCAGCCUACCCAGUGGGGAGAAGAGGACAAAGACAUCACAGAGGCGCCAGACAGUCUGGGGAAAGUCGCCAACUUAAGGCUGACCAGCCCAACAGGAGAGCCCCUCAGUGCUCAAACAGUUCAAUCUCAAAGUAGUCUUGAAGUGGCCACACAAUCUACUGAGAGCACCCCGAAAGGCCAUCGGCAUUUCAACAGGGCCAGGAAACUGUUUCAUAAGCUUCAGAAAGGCAAAGGUUCCUCUGAGAUGGAGUCAAAAGAGACUGGCCCAGCCCAAGCCGAAAGGUCAGAAAUCAACGCAAUCAACACUCCCAGAAGAAGGAAGAAGAGGAAAGCAUCUACUCUCAGGAAGCACUCAUCACCAGCUUCGCCAGAUAUGCCCAGUCUGGAGUUGGACCCCAGUGCAACAGCCUUUGGGGGUCACCAUUCAGCCCACAAGCCAGCAGAGUCUCUCAGCCGCGACCCAGGGCCCUCCUCAAUGGUGUUUAUUGAGACAGAGGAAGUAGAGGUCAAACCAGGAAACCGUAAAAAGGCUGAGAUCCGUGGUGGUUGCGACUCCCCUGACUGGUCAGAUGCGGACGACCAGGUUGAGAUUCGGGCUCUGUCGCAGGAUGAGGGUUCUGAGCCACGGCAUGCGAGAAGAGAGACGGAGACAAUGGCGACAAAGAAAGAACCAAACUUUAGUGACAGAGAAUCUACCCACCAUGAUCACAGCUUCAUCACACCAACAAGUUUUUCAAUGUAUCAUUCAACAGUGACACCCAAGCAUACCUGGUUUAGAGAUGAUGGAAGCCCUUCAACAAUAUCACCUAACCAGUCCUGGAUUGGAGACAGUGGAAGCCCUUCAACAAUAUCACCUAACCAGUCCUGGAUUGGAGACAGUGGAAGCUCUUCAACAAUAUCACCCAACCAAUAUUGGAUCGGAAACAGUGGAAGCUCUUCAACAAUAUCACCAAACCAAUCAUGGUAUGGGAACAGUAGUACCUUUUCGAGAGUGUCACCCAGUCAGUCCUUGCUAGGGAGCAACGGCAGUCCUGUCAGCAUUGGCUCCACUCAUCUUAGCCCCUCUGUGAUGCCAUGGUGGAGCUACUGGGAGCAGCAUCCCAAUAUCUGCGCGCCAUUCUCCCCAGAUCCAUUUUCUCUUCGCUCUGCCACCCCUUCGCCACAGUCAUCUCAAGUCAAAUCGUCCAGUCACUCCUCUUUAAGUGACGUCCUUGGCAACAGUCAGGCACCUGUAUGGCAGGUGUCCCCUACCUGUUCAAGUGACCCUGCCCAGAUGAGGAUGACGGAGCCUCUGGGUUUCAUUGAUAGCCACUGCCACCUGGACAUGCUGUAUGGUAAGCUGGGCUUCCGUGGAACUUUCCAGAACUUCCGGAGUCGGUACAGCAGUAGCUUCCCGGCGGAUUUCCGCGGCUGUGUGGCAAACUUCUGUAACCCGCGCCUGACAGAGCUGGAGGGUCUGUGGGAAGGGCUUUUGGGCGAGGAGCUGGUGUGGGGCGCGUUUGGAUGCCACCCCCACUUCGCCAAGGACUACUGUGCCAGGCACGAGCAGAUCGUCCUGAGAGCUAUGCGCCACCCUAAGGCAAUAGCUUUCGGAGAGAUCGGCCUGGACUAUUCUCACAAAAACAACACACAGUAUAGCAAGCAGAAAGAGGUGUUUGAGAGGCAACUUCGGUUAGCUGUUUCCAUGGGCAAGCCUCUGGUGAUUCACUGUAGAGAUGCAGAUGACCAUCUUAUGAAGAUCAUGAAAAAGUGUGUCCCUCCAGACUACAAAAUACACAGGCACUGCUUCACUAACAAAUUCUCUGUGAUUGAGCCAUUUCUAACGGAGUUCCCAAACCUGUGCGUUGGCUUUACGGGACUGGUAACGUAUACAAGGGCUGCGGAGGUUAGGGACUCCGUAAGGAGAAUACCUCUGGAUCGCAUUCUGAUGGAGACGGAUUCUCCUUACUUCUUGCCACGACAGGUGAGCAAGAGUGUGUGUAGCUUUGCCCACCCUGGGAUGGGUAAACACAUCUUGCAAGAGAUCAGCAUGUUGAAGGGGCAGCCACUCUCCACUGUCUUGCAAACAGUUCGUCAAAACACUGUAAAAAUCUAUGGUAUGUAAGCAUGAUGACCGCAGAACACUGCCCUUAAUCAGGACGUUGGCCUUCACAACAGCUGUGGUAUGUUGCAAAGACUGACUUGGAAGGAUAUGGAAACCAUUUGACGAUACUGGCAUGCCAUAGUCAAUCACAUGGCCACUGUGCUGAUUUUAUUGUUUUGAAAAGUGACUGUAAUCUGGAGGAACUUGAUUUUCUUUUUAAAAUACCUGGUGGACAUAAAAUGUAAGUUUCUGAGUUUGCAUCGACACAUGUUUAGGUUAAAACUACGUUGAAAAAAAAAAAAAAAAUUUCUGUUAAAAAAAAAAGAAAGAAAUUGUUGUUAAUAUGUUAAUGCAAGUCAGUAGGAGAGUCUUAUGAAUAUGUUUGCAGUUUUAGUGCAAAAUGCUGGCAUUGCUUAAUAGUUCUUUAUUAAAGAUCAAUGUAUUUUAGUA